AUGCUCCCUCCUCCCUCCUCCUCGGCCGGCGCCCCCGCAGGCCCGGACCGCACCUACGGCGGCAACCGUGCCUUUCACAACUUCUACAACGACUACUCUCACAUCCCAGACCCCAACCUGCGCCGCCGCCUGGCCUUGUCCGAGAUCGACAAGGUCCCCCUUGGCCUCUACCAUGUCCGCGCUGUCCUGGUGGCCGGAGUCGGCUUCCUCCUCGACUCGUACGACAUUUUUGCCAUCAACCUCGUCAUCACCAUGCUCGGUAUGGUCUUUUGGUGUGGCAACGACCGCCACAGCGGCUACGGAGGCAACGGCGGCGCCUUGCCGGACCCCAUCAACCAGGCUCUCAAGGGCUCCACCAAUGCCGGCAUCAUCAUCGGCAUGGUCCUCUUUGGAUGGCUUGCCGAUGCGCUCGGCCGCCGCCGAAUGUACGGCAUUGAGCUGGCCAUCAUCAUCUUUGGCACCUUUAGCUGCGCCCUCGUCUCCUCGAGCCCCUCCAUCAGCUCCUCGGCCCUCUUGAUCUUCUGGCGCGUCUUGAUGGGCAUCGGCAUCGGAGGCGACUACCCCCUGUCUUCUGUGAUCACUUCUGAAACCGCCAGGUUUGCCCCGACUCGUUGGCGCGGCGCCAUGGUCGCCGCCGUCUUCUCCAUGCAGGGCGUGGGUCUGCUCAUGUCUGCCCUCGUCGCCCUCAUCACCACCGUCGCCUUCAAGGACUCGUACAUCAACAUCAAGGACGAGACGCAGUGCGACGCGGCGUGCCAGGUCGCGGCCGAUCGGUCCUGGCGCAUCAUCGUCGGUGUCGGGGCCAUACCCGCCUGCCUCGCCCUCUACUACCGCAUCACCAUUCCCGAGACGCCGCGCUACACGUUUGACGUUCGCCACGACGUGGAAAAGGCCGGCGCCGACAUCCGCGCCUACGUCCACAGCAAGUCGGGCGGCGAUUACGAGGGCCACCGCAGGUCGGGCACUAGGCUCUCGGCCACGCUGCUCCACGUGCCGCGGGCGUCGUGGGCCGACGUCUUUGCCUACUUUGGAGAGUGGAAAAACCUUCGGGUGCUCAUCGGAACCACCAUGUCGUGGUUCUUGCUGGAUCUGGCAUUUUACGGUCUCGGGCUUAACAGCACCAUGGUUCUGCACGCCAUCGGCUUCGCCAACGGGAACAACAUGUACGAAAAGCUGUACAACCAGGCCGUCGGCAUGAUCAUCCUGACCUGCGCCGGCGCCAUCCCCGGCUACUGGACGGCCGUCCUGACCAUCGACACGGUGGGGCGCAAGCCGCUGCAGGUCUUUGGCUUCCUGGCAUUGACGGUCAUCUUUUGCGUCCUGGGCUUCCGGCUCGGCAACCUAAGCGAGGGCGCCAUGCUCGCCCUCUACGUGGUCGGGCAGUUUCUCUUCAGCGCGGGCCCUAACACGACGACGUUUGUUGUGCCGGGCGAAUGCUUCCCCACGCGGUAUCGCUCCACCGGCCACGGCCUGUCGGCGGCCAUGGGCAAGCUCGGCGCCGUCGUGGCACAGGUCAUUAGCAUCCCGCUGCUGAGGCACGGGCCCGACGAGUCGUGCGCCGGCAACGAUUGCUCACCCCACCUCGACCGCCUGCUGCAGCUGUUUGCGCUCUUCAUGCUGCUCGGCACCUUUUUCUCGCUGCUCAUACCUGAAACCAAGGGGCUGACGCUCGAGGAGCUUUCGGGCGAGUCGAGGACGAGCUACAACGCCGGCUGCAACGGCAGCAUCAACCUCGGGCCGGCCAGGCCUCGGGCAUGGAACCCGUUUAGCGGCGGACAGCCCGCUGGCUUCCUGUACCCGCGCUCGCACUCUGGAACGUUUGCCCUCAAGGGCGGCCGGUCGGAGCGUCCGGGCAUCAUGGCGGCGCCGGAGCACGCAGGGAGCGACGAGCAGCAGCAGCGGAGACGGCGCCUCUGUUGGAGGAGGCGCGGCAGGAGACGGCGCGCCGGGAGCGACGGGUCCAACGAGAUUGCGCUGAGAAGCCGCAGCUCAAGGUCGGACGGCCUCUACGACGACUACGUCGGCGCCGCGACCAGCCAGCAACCGCCGGCGUGGGGGGCGGGCUGGGGCAGGAUCGACAGGGGCGGGCCGCCGCCGACAACGAGCAACAUGCAGCUACAAGACGUGGGGAUGCUGUUGAAGCCGAGCUAG